GCGUAUUUUCACUUUCACACUCACUUCUUGAACAUCUCAAGAAUCGGAGACAAAGAAUCCAAUUCUUUUAGGGUAUUCGGUCGGAUUCUUUUCUCUUUGCAAUGGCGGAGGAAUCAGAGAGUAAGCAAUCGACGGUGGAGUCAGUGAUGGGGAAGAUUAUCGGGAAGAUCACGACCAUGAUUCAUCAUCGGAUUCGGAUCAUAAGAACCCGAGUUCCCCUUCCUCCGUUGAAGCUAAGAUUUAUCGAGUGCUUGGAAGAGAGAGACCCGUUCACCAUGUUCUUGGUGGUGGAAAAAUGUACGAACUGCUGACCUGUCAUUUCAUUUUUGGAUAUAUGCUUCAUAUAUUGUUAAUGAGAUCAGGGUUUUAUAUUUGGUUUCGGAAUGGAUUUGCUGGACUGUAAGUAAAUGAUAUAAUGCAGAUUUAGAAAUGCUUAAAAAAAUAUUACAUUGAUGGAAGGUUAAUGGAUCUGUAUUUUUUAUUAUAUGCUUUCUGAUCCGUUUGGUAAUUAAGAAAAUGCGUGGCCUUGGCCCCAUUUUUGGAUUUAUUGAUUCAUUUAUUAGUAAAAACUUGAAAUUGAAAGUUGAAAUUUUUACCUCUUUAAAGACUAACUAAAAUUCUAUUUUGCUUGAGACACAAGCCAUCUAAGCAUAUCGCGACUUCAAUAUUUGGGGUCUUCAUUUUUGCAUGCUGAGUUAUAAGGCAAAACAUAAAGUUCUUGAAUUUGUGGAUUAUUUGUUUUUUUUUUCGCGUUGGAUGCUGAUGUUUGUCUCUUUCCAUUGUAUUCCGUUGGUAAUAUUUUGGUGCACCUGCUGAUCUGUUGUUGUGGAGGAACAAGAAGAUUUCAGCUGGUGUGCUUGGUGGAGCAACUGCAAUCUGGGUCCUUUUUUAAUUAAUGGAAUACCACCUACUUACUCUACUUUGUCACACUUUUAUUCUCUCUAUUGCACUAAUAUUCCUGUUUUCCAAUGCCUAUACCUUUCAUCCACAAGACUCCACCUCACAUCCCAGAAGUUCAUUUGCCGGAGGAGCCAUUCCUCCAAGUUGCCUCUGCUCUGACACUGGAACUUAAUCAGGCACUGAAACUACUGCGAGAUAUUGCCUCUGGAAGAAAUCCAAAGAAGUUCCUUAUGGUUAUAGCUGCUUCCUGGGUCCUGUCAAUUGUGGGGAGUUGGUGCAACUUCUUGACCUUGUUCUACAUAGCUUUUCUAUUGCUGCAUAUGGUGCCGGUUUUCUAUGAGAAAUAUGAGGAGAAGGUUGACCUGUUUGCAGAGAAGGCGAUGGUUGAGAUAAAGAAGCAAUGUGCAGUUUUCAAUGUCAAAGUUCUGAGUAAAAUUCCAAUAGGUCCCUUGAAGACCAAGAAAGUUUAGAAUGCUUUGCACUGCAGCAACAUUUGGGUAGUCCUGGGGAUUUCAAGGGUGUGGUUGUAUUCUCUAUUCACAUUAGGUAGAGGUAUUAUUUCUCAAUCCUCGAUCAACUGUUCACAAAUGUUUUGCCUUGCAAUUCAGAAUAUAAUCGUUUAGGAGCAAUGAGUUGUUAACAAUAGACCGAACUCUUUACAUAUGGCUGCAAUCCGAUUUUGUGUUAUAGCGCGUGUUA